AAGCAUAUAAAAUGCAAUCAGCGGCUAAAGGUUCAGUGAGAGAGGGAGAGAUAGAGGCAUCGUUCACAUCUGAUUACAAUCAAACUUGCUCACCCCAACAAGAUGUGUUCCUUUCUCCUGCUUCUCAGUGCACUGCAGGCACUCCGAUUCUCCGCUGGGGUACCAGUGACUGAUUUCACGCCAAUCUUUAAUGAUGCUCUGAGAGAAUCCAUCCUACAGCUGAACAGGAACACUGUCAGUGACCACCUGCUUGCGGCAACCAGGAGUGAGCUGCUUUACAUUACCCCGACGGGACCUAACGAGAUGGAGGUGGAUUUAAGGUUCUCUGCAAGGGAAACCCUGUGCCCCAAAGCCGGCGGAUUUGACACUGAAAACUGCGAGCUGAACACUGACCCCUUAGCUAAAAUGGCCAUAUGCCGCAGCAGCGUUAGCUAUUCCUUUGGUGCGGUUGUUGAUGUUUAUCUCCAGUGUAAGGACAGCAGAGACAGGAUGCUGUACAGCAGCAGUGAAUCCAACUCCUACGAAAGUAGUGAAGAGAUCAGUUACCUAAGGAGACGACCACAGUUCCAGAAUGAGUAUUAUUCAUCUGUUGACUGGAAUUCCCAGAAUGCCAAGCCAUUUGGCCAGAGCCAGGGAAAUGGCCCAGCAACCAGAAGGCCUCAGGCUCUGGGCAACAAUCUGAGCCAAGGAUUACCCUCCAUGAAGAAGCCACGCCGGAAACCAAGUCGGGAGUCGUUGGCGGAGUGAGCAGUGUUCAGAGCUGACAGAGCGAGCAGAUCCAGAUGAACAGGGUUAUUUUAAACGGAAGCAUUUGCAAACUAGAGCGUUCUUUCCUAUGUCUUUAACUCUGUGCUUAGUAACAGCAGCCUGCUCCUGACUGUACAAGCAGUUCAGAGCAUAACAAUAAAGCCAGCUGGUUAGUA